AUGGCGUCGUCGAAGUUAGUAUCAGUCUCGACGGCCAAUUCGGAUCUCCCUCGCGACUCCUCUAUAUGUUCUCUCUCCACUCUCAUCGCCGACGUCGACAAGCACCACCACAUCACCAUGGACGACCUCCUCAAGAACAUCUACAACGACCAGCCCCACCCCUCUCCGCCGCCUCCCGACGCUGGAGGAGCCUCCGCCUCCGCCGCCGCGCCGGGGAGGACCGUGGAGGAGGUCUGGAAGGAGAUCGUCGCCGGCGGAGGCGGUGAGGGAGAAGACGCGUCGGCCGAUGGAGAGGCGGAUCAUGUGCGAACAGGUGCAGACGGCGGCGGCGGCGGUCUGGCGGAGAUGACAUUGGAGGAUUUUCUGACCAGGGCUGGGGCCGUGAGGGAGGAGGACGUCGGCGUGGGGCCCGGGACGGUGGUUCCGAUGGGGUACGGGCAGUACCAGGUUCAGCCGCCGCCGCCUCCGCCGCCUCGGCCGCAUGGGCAGUUGGUGUAUGCGAACAACAAUGGAACGACGAGUGGUGGAGGUGGGAGAGGAACGAAGAGGAGAGCUGUGCAGGAGGCGCCGCUGGAUAAGGCGACGCAGCAGAAGCAGAGGAGGAUGAUCAAGAACAGAGAGUCCGCUGCCAGGUCAAGGGAACGCAAGCAGGCUUACACAAAUGAGCUGGAAGCUCUGGUGACGAAGCUGGAGGAGGAAAAUGCACUCCUCAUUAUGGAAGAGGCUGAGCGGAAGAAGGAGAGGUUGAAGAAGCUCAUGGAGAACCUCAUUCCCAUCGAGGAGAAGAGGAGACCUGCACGUGUUCUUCGGAGAGUGCAAUCCGUGCACUGGUAGAUAUGGUACGUAAUAUGUGUGAUGGAAUCAGAGUUAUUUAUAAGAAAAGCCUGGACCUCAGUCAUGUAUCGCUUGGAGCUUAGUCAUGUAAGCUUGGAGCUCAGCAGUCAUGUAGGGCUAAAAGAUACUAAAACAAAACGUAGAGAAAAAUUAACUGUUGGCAUGGUUAUCUUUCAGUAGUCGAAGUGGACUUGUAAAGAGAUGUGUAGUACAGCUCAAGAUUGAAUUGAUUUCGGUACAGCUAAUGGUGAAUAUACUUCAAUCGACAGCCUGUUGGGGAGAUGAGAUCCUCGACAAUCUUUCGGGUCUAUUGUAAUUAGUAUUGUAGAAAACGAAAAUAACCUUAUUAUUUACAGAAAGCUUGAGGAUUAGUGGAUUCAAACCA